AUGUUGACGUGCACGGCAUGCCGCUUGGAGUUUGCGGCCUAUGCAGAGCAGAAAGAGCAUUUUCGAAUGGACUGGCACCGCUACAAUCUCAAGCGCAAGGUGGUGGAACUGCCGCCUGUGUCGGAGGAGCAGUUCGAGCUCCGAAUGCGUAAAGUACUAGAGGAGAAAGAGGCUCAGCGGGUGAACGAUCCCAAGCAGAAGCAGCGGGCUCGGGAGGAGCAGAUACAGAAGACAGGAGUCAAGGUCGGACUCAAGUGCGUGGCUUGCAACAAGACGUUCACGAACCCGAACGCCCACAACAACCACUUGGCGUCAAAGAAGCACUUGGGGAAUGUCAAGCAGAAGCCCGAGGUCACUUCGAUGGUCGAGACAGUGGCGCAGCAGAUGGACGUGGUCUCGCCUGAUGACGAAGCUGUUGGGAGUCACCCAAAGAAAUGGACAGAGGAGGAGCUGGUGAACGAGAUGGAAGCGUACAAGAAGCAAGUGCCUCUGGAGAAAGAGGACUGCAUCUUUUGUACGCAUCACGCAGCAAGUUUCGACGCGAGCUUGGAGCACAUGCUGAAUGAGCACGGCUUUUUCAUCCCUGAUGUUGAGUUCUUAGUGGACCCGGAAGGCUUGAUCGGCUACUUGGCCGAGAAGGUCAAGGUUGGCUUCUACUGCUUGUACUGUAAUGGCAAGGGCAAGGCCUUCCGCUCUCACCAGGAUGUACAAAAGCAUAUGACGUCACUGUCUCACUGCAAACUGCGCUACGAGGACGAGGAUUUGGAGGAGCUGCUAGAGUUCUACUGCUUCGAGUCUCAGUACGCAUCGUCAAGAAAGAGCAAGACAAUUGCUGAAGAAGGGGUCGAGUGGGAGACUGACAGUGAGGCCAGCAUCGACAGCGAUGAAGAGGUCGUCGAGGAACAACUUGAAGAGGAAGUCCAUGGCGACGACGACGACGGGUACACCAUGGGCGUGUCCGAAACAGGCGAGUUGGUUUUGGCCAACGGCCGCCGCCUCGGCCGUCGCGAGUUCCGCCGCUACUACAAGCAGCGUUUCCGUCCAGAUGAAACGCGUGCAUCGGUGCUUGCUGCGACGAAGGAAAAUCUGCUGUUGGCGUAUCAGUCGGCGGGCAUUGAUCCUCGCAGCGGUAGCACCGCGCUUUCAACAGCGUUUGUGGCCAACUUCCUCAAGAAGCGCAACAAUAUCGCCGGCGGCAUGUCGAUCGUUGAGGCCAAACGAAAGAACUUCUGGCACGAAAAGAAUCGUUCGCGUCUGGACAACCGCAGCCACAAGUUGCAGAGGAACCCAAAUCGUCGCGUCAUGGUGACGGUCUAG